UGAAGAAUAUUUGAGUCAACUUUCUUAUGAGUGUCUUUUCUAAAUAGACCGAUGUGGGUUUUGUUGCUGCAAUUUUAUUUUCGGAUAACUUCUGUUCAAAACUUUUGUUCCAAGUUCACUUAAGCGUUCUGGUUGGUAAUCGCGCUUAUUUGUUCAUAUAACGUUCUAUUUUUCAGGUUCUGUGUUCGAUUGUCAUAAAAAUUAUACGUGAUACGAAACAGACCUCGAGUUGUGCACACAGAUAAACUCCACUCCCUCGACCACACUACCCCACACUGUAAAUUAGGUCACACUAGACUAUGACAAUUACUUGAAUUCCAUCGACAAUCAAAACAUUUCGGCAUCCGACAUAAGAAUGUGAACUUUAGUGCCAAAUUCUGCCUCUAUGGUUAUUUUAAAUUAAUUUAUGGUUGCCUAUUUUAAACCUACUUUGACCACAAUGCGCGUCCGAAUGCGGAUGUUGCACGUACAAUCUUAGAAACUUACUGAUUUGGAAGUUCAGCCGCGAUUAAUUUUAUUGAUAUUCCACGAGGGCGUGGAUAGAAAAGGGCACAUUCAUGGCCUGUCCGUCGCUCUACAGAGCCGCGAGGAGUUCUUCUUUAAAAUUCACCACAAUGAAACUCAGAGAUAGAGUUAUUUUCUCUGUAGCAAGCUUCCUAGUCGUCCUAACCAUAUUUUUAGUAUUAGAUAUAGAAACUAUGUUAACGGGAUCAAGAUCUUUUCUAGUAAAUUACAAAGUGAAAAAUGUCCAGCCUUCGAGAGGGAGACACACUUUUAUACAGAGACAUUUACAAAAGACCACAAAUGGGUCCAGAGAAAACGGCAGCUAUGGAUUUGGUCCUAAAUAUCCUUCUGGAUACUUAAAUAAUAUAGAAAGCGCAGGCGAAGGGGAAAAAUUGAAAGCAAAGCCCAUAUCCUCAUCAAAUGGAAUUGACUACGACAACCCUCCUGAUGGCGCACCUCAACCUCAACUUAGAUCUACUCACACCUCAUCCACCACACCCACACCCCCACCAGAUCCUUUCAAUGAUCUCAUUGCCGUGGUUCUCAAAAUUGAGAAUGUCAACCUACGCGCCAAGCAGCAGUACCAGCAUUGGAACCCUAACCUCGGCGAGCUGCUUGGUCUCGAACUGAGGGAUGACUCGUCUCUCUGGGACAGAUUUCAUUUACAAAUCGCCAGGGAUUGGCUUUAUCCUCCUCAAGACCGCGAUGCUACUGUGGAUCUACUACUCCAGCACACAGUCUCACAGCCAAUUGUUAAAAUAACUCAAAAGGAAGGAGGUACGCAGCUGAAGCUCAUCAUUGAAUUCGCUGACGGCGGUCAUGCUCUCUUCAAGCCAAUGAGGUUCUCCCGCGAACAACAGACGCUCAAGAAUCACUUCUACUUCACCGACUAUGAGCGCCACAACGCAGAGAUAGCAGCGUUCCAUCUUGACAGGCUUCUCGGUUUUCGGCGCUCGGUGCCCGUGGUGGGCCGGACGCUGAACAUGACCAAGGAAUUGUAUGCUCUGGCCACCGGUGACCUCCUCAAAACAUUCUUCAUCUCACCCGACAACAACCUCUGCUUCCACGGCAAAUGCAGCUAUUACUGUGACACGAGUCACGCUAUCUGCGGCAACCCUGACCUGCUGGAGGGCUCGUUUGCGGUCUUCCUGCCUGGCAAAGAAGCGGCGCCCCGCAAGGUGUGGCGACAUCCCUGGCGCAGGAGCUACCAUAAGAGGAGGAAGGCGCAGUGGCAAGUCGACGAAGCUUACUGCGACCUCGUGAGAGACGUGCACCCGUACAGUGAAGGCAGACGACUGCUUGACGUCGUCGACAUGUGUGUCCUGGACUUCCUUAUGGGCAACAUGGACAGACAUCAUUACGAAACUUUCAAGAUGUUCGGCAACAACUCGGCGCCGAUACAUCUUGACCACGGCCGAGGCUUCGGGAAACCCUUCCACGACGAACUCAGCAUUCUGGCGCCGCUGUAUCAGUGUUGCGUCAUCCGACACUCCACUCUCAAGACGCUGCUAGGAUACCAACUUCACAGCAACACGCCGAAUUCUUUGAGCAAUUCUCUGAAUCGCAGUCUUAGCGCGGACCCGUUGACCCCGGUGCUGUGGCAACCUCAUCUCGACGCCGUUGACAGAAGACUCGCCCUUGUAUUGCAGGCUGUCAGACUCUGCGUCGAAAAAGCUGACGAUCCUUCUACUGUCGUCGUCGAUGAUUUCCACUGAUGAUUUCAUUGAGGCUUGAUAACUAACUAGUAUCCUCCCCACAUUCAUUUAAAUCCGUUGGAAUGGGUCGCUAAUAUUCAAACAUUGUUGCUAUUCGUACGUUGUUGGUAAGCUUUGUCGCUGAGAAUCGUCGCUAUAAGAACACGAGCAAAAUUACGAGUAGUUUCCAUGCGAAAAUCGCUGACUUUUUACGAAAGCAGCUUAUUGGGAUUAAUGAUAACUUAUUUAUCUCAUUAUAUUUUCUGUGUUUUCGACGAUUUUUCAUGCGAUCCAUCGAAAAAAAUUCUCUGAAAUGGCGCACAUUGUUUAUAAAGUAUGAAGAUUUACUCCAGCAUAGUUACUACUUAUUGUUCUAAAUCCCUGAAAAUGAUACUCUGCUAAGCAGCAUAUACUGUGAAAUGUUUGAAGUAGGAAAGCAUGCAAUGGCUUUUUGAUACAAAUGUACAAGUGGCCUGUUUUGUUGGGCAGUGGCUAGAAAUUAAAUCUUAAUUUACUGACUGAUUUGAUAUCAUCUGUCUUAGAACUGUCUUUUACUUCGUUUCAUGCCAUCUUUAGUAAAAAAAAUCUCCAGCCCGGAAUGUUCAUAAAAAAUUUCUAGAUAAAUGUUCUUAGAGAUAUUUUUAUCGUAAAGUACAGACCUUCUUUUAGCUCCACUGUUGUGCAACGAAUUAUCAGUUCGACAUCCUCUCCAUAAUUUCUUGAGGUUUCCAGAUUUUUACUAUUUACUUUUUACUGUAAAUUAACAUGGAAAGGCUCUUUUUACGGAAUAUUCUGGUUAUAUUGUAAGAUAAAUCUUGAUUUUAACUUGCCUCGUUAUCAACUUUAAAGUUAUUAAUUUCUAUUCAGAAUUAUUGGUUUAAUUUUAAUACUUGUUGAAGGUUCUUAAGAUUUUAUUGCAGAAAUAGCAUUUAUGUUUUAUUUUUAUAAUGUAAUGAAGUUUAUUUUGAGUGUCUUAUUUAGAUUAUUUUCUUUGUCAUUUUUGUUACUAUAUGGUACGAAUUGUCUCUCUAAUGGUUAAUUGGCGUAAUGAUUUGCAAUAUAUAAUGAUAACGGCCGAGGUUUGCAAACUUGAUGAUAGUCCGUCGUUGUUUCUGUUAAUUUCUUAUUAUUGAGUAUGAAAUUUGAAAACUUAUUAAGAAUUUUGUCUGAAAUAAUUGAAGCCACAUUUCAAAUUUAUAAUGAUGUAAACCGACAAGGAAAACUAAAAGAUGACCGCCGAUAAUAGGCAUAUGAAAAUUCAGUUUCAAUGUAUUUUCAGUUGUUCGCGGUCGCAGACUGAGCGUAUAGUGAGUAAAUUAAAUGCUCGUUUUAUACUCCGUAGACUUAGUUAACUCUUCGAACCUCUGCUAGCAUGGCAGAAUUUACAGCAAUAUUUCUUUUAUAAACCACAUUAAAUUCGUAAAAACAAAAUAAUUUGAAAUUAAAUUGCUGUUAUUUUUAUCAUUUUUAUUUGUUAACGAACAUUACGUUUGAAAGAGAUUUAUGAUCAUUGGUGUUCAUUUGCCAAUCUGGUUCUAAUUAUGUCGCUCAACGCAAGAAACAAAAAAAUAACCAAUAAAUAAAAAUAGAAAACAUAUUUCAACCAUAAGUAUUUUUGGUCUUAAUGAUGUUGUUUUUGUCAUGACCAAGAAUUCAGCGUGUCAUGAUUUUUUUAUGGAAAAAGUCGACCACUUAAUUUUAUCUAACCUGAAAAAUAUCAAAUGCCUCGUACUGUUGAUUAACGACCGGGUUUUACACGAACGGUAUUUUUUCCAUGACGACAAAGUUCCUUUUAUUUAUAUAGAAUUUUUUUCCCUCUUCAGUCAUGUUUACUCAGAUCCAAAACCUCACAACUAUUUUUUUUUCGUGAAAUAUAUAUAAAUUUUUGCAGUGGCUUUCGAAACCGAAAGAGUUUUUAAAUUUGUUUAAAGGUUCUCGAAAAACUUUGCAUAAGUUUUGGUUCAACUUAGGAGUUUUGUCCUAAUGUGUUUUACCAUUUAUAUUUCUCCAAUAGUUUCUUUAAAUCGACCACAUACCGUAGUUUUUCGAUAAUACUAACUAAUGUUCUGCGUAAAGAUUUCAGUACUUCUGCCUUGCAUUCAGGCAAAGUUUUUGUAAUCGUGAUAAUUUCUAUGUCUUACGAAUAUUUUUAUAUGAAUGAUUUUUGACGCUUGAGCUGUGCAUAGAUAAUGAUAAAUAAGCGUAUCUUGGAGCGUAGGUUUCACUUCACUUCCCUUAUCUUUUGAAAUUAUAUUUUGUUAUUUUGUGAUAGCUUAAUAAGAUCAUGCUAGCAAUAUAUUUAUUUUAGAGCGAGUGUGAACUCUCGGCCUAUAUCUCGUUUAUUUACAAGUCAAGGUUUCCUGGGAUUGCAAUUCUUGUUAGAUCAAAUGCUACAAUUUUUUUCAGCUCUAGCAAAAAUUGCUAUUAUGUUUGUAAAUCGCAGAAACAACAUGAGUUCUUCUGUUAGAAUUCAAUGGAAAAUUUAGUUUUUAUCACUAGAUCACUCUAACUUCUACUUUGUUAUCACGUUACCUUUUCAGGAAUUAUCUAACAUUUAUAAUAUCCUAUCACUGGACAAUUUUAUUAAAUUUAUUAUUUAAUUGUCGCAUCGCUUCAAAAAAUCAAUUUAAUCCCCUGAAUUAAACUGAAUCUAUUCACUUUUAAUUAUCUUCGUUUAGCGUGAAAUCUAAUAUGAGAGAAUUUAGUCUUGAAUCUGAAUGCGUAAUUAUAUAUGUACUCUGGAAAUAUCGUGGUAACUCGUAAAAUAAAGAUUGCUGAGCGUGCGGCUCUGGUACAAUGUUAAUGCAUUAUACAAGUCUUCCUGUACAUAAAAGAUGUUGACAUGUUCCGCUAUGUUAGUGAGGCGGCUGGUGCGUGAUGUCAUGACUAAUGCGUCGUGAUGUUCCCUCAUGCUUGAACCAUGCGAGGUUAGUGCAAGAAUGAUCGGUUGGAAAAAGUUACUCUUUCUAUAUUCAGUUGCAUUAUUUCUGAUUUUAUUGCCCACCAUUUCUUACUUUUUAAUCACAAGAAGCAGAAUUGUUUAUUCAUUUAAUCGUUUGACUUUGAAUUGAAUCCUUAUCUAGAUGGCCCAAGAAAAAGAGUUUAAUUGUAUUACUUAUGCAAGUCUUAAAUACUUUCUCGGCCUAAAAAAAUUAACCAAGUCCGUAAGAAAUUUUCUCCUGAUCUCCGUUGAAGUCAAUGACCAGUCAUGGCGUCACGCUCCAGCAGUUCGUAGCAAGUUGUUCACAUUAGCAAUCAAACGUACUUUGUCGUUGCUAGUUUGCGUAUUAGCAACUGCUGUCGUAUUACGUAGAGUAUAUAUUAGAAAUGAACGGUGGUAUUGUUCCAUGACCGCUUCUCGGGUGUAUAACUAGUGCGCCUCUCGCUGAGCAGAGUUCUUCUUAUUUCACUUGCGAUGAGGCUCUUGGACGACGAGGCAAUAAGCAAGUACCGUCCCCACAGCUCCUAGCAUUGGCGGGUGUAUGAUAUUAAUUAAUAUAAAUUAAUGAUUUUCCAACUGAUUGCGAAUGUAGAUUCUCGUUUACACAAUUUUGAUUAAGAUUCAAUGAACUAUUAUUUGAUAUCUAUUUUUAAAGUUCAAUGGAAAUUAACUGGUGCCUGCUGCUGUUUUAUGACUAAAUUAAUUCUAUCCAGUGAGUUAUUUAUUUAGUUUUCUAUGCGAAGCCUUCUGUAGGGUAGGUGUGAUAAACCGAGCAGUGUUCGUUGUUUGGAACUCACCGUGUGGUACACUACGUUGAUGUGAAGAGAUCUUAGCUCUCAAAUUAAAACAUUGAUGAAGCCAAUAAAUUAUUUGUGAUGAGAACAUCGAAGUGUGCCUGUUUGUUUCAUAAUGUAAUUAAUUUAGGUUUCACUUUAAUGAAGAAGGCAUGCGGUGCAUCCUCUUUAAGUUGGAGCUUAGGAACAUUAAUUUUUCCAUAAGCUGGAUUAUAUUGUUAUGAUUGCUUGCGUGGAGAAGGGUGCCUAAUAAAUCUUUCAAAUAAGUGUAUAGCAAUUAAUAUUGAAAUGAUAAAUAAUGGAGCCAAAAUAUGACAGUCAAGUGAUAAUUUUUACGUAAACUGUGAGGAAUGAA